AAUUUAACAUUACUGGCAUUCCCCAGGAAGUUCAUGAGACGCUGGUUGCACAAUACUGCCUUGAGCAAAAAUUUACUGUGUGAGUAAAUUUCUCACCAGGGAGUAUAAAUACAGCAGCACAAAGAUAAGUCUGCAUGUACUAGAAGCUCAAAGCCCAGAAAACAAGGACAACUCAAGGACAACUUCAAAUCACACAUUCUACUCCAAUCUUGUUAAACCCUGAAAUGGCUGACAAAGACUUGUUAAUGCUGGAAAGCUACUUUGCCAGCGACUAUGGCUUUGAUUCAGACGACACAGAUUUUGAUGAGCUGGACUGCUCUGAUCCUUUGGCCAUGAGCGGCAGAUGUGACAUGCACAAUGGAAUCCGUAUCGAGGUCACCAAGGAGCCUCUUAGCAUGCGCAGUGUUGCUAACAUUGUAAUUGCUCUGAAGAGGCUGAAGCACACUCAACAUGUUCAGUCCACAGAGUUCACAGACCAGGACCUCUUCAAUAUCUUCAUGGAGAAUGUGAUUGAAGAGAGCGUGGUGAUCAAUUUGGAGUGUAGCGAAUCCAAGAGUUAUAGCAUGCAGGACAAGAUUGUGCAGUGUACAAUAUGUGACAAGUCCAAAAGGGCCUUGGUGCAGAAGGAAAAGCCUCCUAUUCUGCUGGCCAUUACUCUGAAAGGUGGAAAUGAAGACACUAAAGCAUGGUUCAACCUCUCAGCCUUCAACCCACCAAACUGCAAAGAAAACACAAAAGGCCAGCCUGUGUGUUUGGGAAUUGUGAAGAGCAACCUCUUUCUGUCAUGCAAACUUCAGAAUGAAAUUCCUUUUCUCAGCAUAGAGGAGGUAGAAGACAAAGAGAAUCUGAAGGCCAUCAGAGAGAAUGAUGAAAUGGAGCGCUUCCUUUUUCUCAGAAAGGGCUCUGGUGACACCCUGAACACCUUCGAGUCAGUCAGAUACCCGGGCUGGUUCAUCACCACUUCCAAGGACGACUUUAAGCCAGUGCAAAUGUCUAAACAGCAAUCCAGCCACCUCCAGCUGUUCACACUCCAUGAUGAGACAGUAGUCCCUCAGAAUGAGUUCUGAUUCAGAAAACAGUUUCCAGAAAGUAUGUACUAGGUACAAGUGUAAAUCUGGAGGCUCAUUACAUGUUUAAGUAUAUCUCAUCUUGAGAUACCUGACUGGCCUUUGCUUAUUUGUGGUUUCAAAAUACUGUUUUUUAUCUAACUGUAUUUAUCUUAUUUAUUAUAAAGUUUGUACUGAUUUCAUUACUCUAAUUUACUGAUAUGUCUAAAAACCUAAUAAAUGUUUUUUCAGAUGCAUGGCAUUUGCAUAAAGAUUCUGAUUCAUAAAAACAGUUUCCAGAAAGUAUGUACUAGGUACAAGUGUAAAUCUGGAGGCUCAUUAUAUGUUUAAGUAUAUCUCAUCUUGAGAUUCUUGUUCUUUAUUUGUGGUUUCACAAUAAUCACUAUAUGAGUUGUUCACAUUAUGUUUUUUUAUUUAACUAUUUUUAACUUAUUGUUUAGAGGAGCUGUGUUGAUUUCA